AUGCGUCCUAGACGCAGGACGCGUCUUUCUCCACCCAGGCGAGCGGUUGCGGUUGGUGCGAGUGCGAAUGGCACCAUCGGGGGCAACAUAAAACUCGUCAUUGUGCUCGCUUCCCAACAUGCGCGUGCCUGCAGGAAUGGGAGGGAGAGGGGGGAGGGGCAGGCCAUAUCACAGGAAGCAGCUGAGAGGGGGGAGGGGCAGGCCAUAUCACAGGAAGCAGCUGAGAGGGGGGAGGGGCAGGCCAUAUCACAGGAAGCAGCUGAGAGGGGGGAGGGGCAGGCCAUAUCACAGGAAGCAGCUGAGAGGGGGGAGGGGCAGGCCAUAUCACAGGAAGCAGCUGAGAGGGGGGAGGGGCAGGCCAUAUCACAGGAAGCAGCUGAGAGGGGGGAGGGGCAGGCCAUAUCACAGGAAGCAGCUGAGAGGGGGGAGGGGCAGGCCAUAUCACAGGAAGCAGCUGAGAGGGGGGAGGGGCAGGCCAUAUCACAGGAAGCAGCUGAGAGGGGGGAGGGGCAGGCCAUAUCACAGGAAGCAGCUGAGAGGGGGGAGGGGCAGGCCAUAUCACAGGAAGCAGCUGAGAGGGGGGAGGGGCAGGCCAUAUCACAGGAAGCAGCUGAGAGGGGGGAGGGGCAGGCCAUAUCACAGGAAGCAGCUGAGAGGGGGGAGGGGCAGGCCAUAUCACAGGAAGCAGCUGAGAGGGGGGAGGGGCAGGCCAUAUCACAGGAAGCAGCUGAGAGGGGGGAGGGGCAGGCCAUAUCACAGGAAGCAGCUGAGGGGUUGGUGCGAGUGCGGAAUAGCCUCAUCUGGGGCAAUGUAGAAAUCAUCGUUGUGCUCGCUUCCCAGCAUGCGCGUGCCUGCAGAAGAGAGAAUGAGAGAUGGAUGGGAUGGGUGAAUGAGGACCGUUGCGUGCCUGUAGGGGAGGUGGUGGAAAAAGGGAUAUAG